GAUCUAAGAAGAUGGUCUGUUGAUAAAUUAAGAGAUAUAUUAAACAGAAGAAAUAUUCAUUUUGAUAUUAUUUCAGGACGAAAUGAAUUAGUGAAUUUAUUGAAGCAAGAAAUAGAAGAAGAAGCACAAAUUGGUAAAGAAUCAAGAGAAGAUUUUUCAAAAAUGGAUAUAGAUGAAUGGGCAUUUAAAUGCAAUCAGAAAUAUGGUAAAAAAGGUAGUGAAAAGAGACUAGUAAAAGAAUUAGUAGCGGCAUUGACUCAUUAUUUUAUGGAUAUGUUAGAUAGAUUAAAAGAAAUGGUAGAAAAUGGUGAACUUAUUGCUGAAGUAAUACCUUCUUUAAAAACAAUAGAAAAUUGGAUUACUAGAUUUUCUAGUUCAUCGAAAAAAGAACAUGGAGAACGAUUUCUAGAACAAAAUAUUUGUUAA